AUGGCCUCUUCUAAGCUCUUCACAGUUCUCGCCAUUCUUGCGAUUGUUUCCCCUACAAUUUUGGCAACAGAUUUUAUUGUUGGUGAUGACAAGGGUUGGACCAUUAAUGUUGAUUACCAAGUUUGGGCCCGGGGAAAGCUCUUCUAUGUUGGUGACAACCUUGUAUUUAACUACCCAGAAGGAGCUCACAAUGUGCUUAAGGUGAAUGGAACUGGGUUCCAAGAAUGUGCAGCUCCUGCAGGCACCGUGGCAUUAACGAGUGGACAGGAUGUGAUAAACCUAGCAACGCCAGGAAGAAAAUGGUACAUUUGUGGAGUUUCUAAGCACUGUGAAGUUGGACCCCAGAAGCUUUUCAUAACUGUUAUGCCAGCUUCCUUUGCUCCUAGUCCAAGCCCUAGUACCUCUGCAGCAACUACAAGUGCUGUUAAUGGAGCAAGAUUUGGGUGGAUGAUCAUUGUUAUUGGCAUUCUUGGGAUGCUCAUAUAG